AUGGGCUCUGUAUUUGAGGAGGUUAUUGCCAAUCAGCCUCUCGUUUUGGAUAAUGGCACAGGCAUUAUCAAGACAGGCUUCGCGGGAGACGACGCUCCCAAGGCCCUUUGCCCCUCCUUUGUAGGACGACCAAAGCACAAACGCGUGAUGGCGGGUGCUGCAGAGGGAGACGUCUUUGUAGGCCCUAAAGCGGAGGCAUUGAGAGGCUUGCUCCGCCUUAGCUACCCCAUGCGUCAUGGCAUCGUGCAAGACUGGCUAGACAUGGAGCUGCUGUGGGCCUAUGUCUUCUCAGAUCUCAAAGUUAACUCCGAGGAGCAUCCUGUGUUGCUUACGGAGAGCGUUCUAAAUCCCAGGAGGCAACGCGAAAAAGCAGCCGAAAUUUUCUUUGAAAGUUUCAACUCUCCUGCCCUCUUCGUCUCCGCACAGCCCAUCCUCGCGCUAUACAGUAGCGGCCGAACUACAGGGCUGGUGUUAGACUGUGGAGAGGGAGUUUCGCAUGCCGUUCCUGUGAUUGAAGGCUUUGCGCUUUCCCAUGCGAUUACACGGGCGGAUGUCGCUGGAAGAGACAUUACGGAGUAUCUCGCAGUGCUGCUGAGAAGAGCAGGAUACAUUUUUCACACCUCAGCUGAAUACGAGGUCGUCCGUCAGAUCAAAGAACAGGCAUGCUACGUUGCAUUUAAUCCUCAAAAAGAAGAAGCCGCUUCCUUCGAAAAAAGUGGUGGCGGCUAUCCGUUCCAGCUGCCGGAUGGUACUGCAGUAUCUGUUGGUUCAGAGAGAUACAGAGCUCCAGAAAUUCUCUUCCAUCCCUCCCUCAUCGGUCUUGAAUAUCCUGGCGUUCACGAGCUCAUCGGAACAUCCAUUUCAAGGGCAGACUUAGAUCUCCGCCGCACGCUGUACUCACAGCUCGUUCUUGCAGGAGGCAGCACGUACUUUCACGGUUUCGGAGAUCGCCUUCUCAAUGAAGUUCGCAAGAUCGCGCCUAAAGACAUUAAGAUUCGCAUUUCGGCGCCUCCUGAGAGGAAGAUCUCAACAUGGAUUGGAGGUUCGAUUCUCGCAUCGCUUUCCACCUUCAAAAAGAUGUGGGUGGCAAAGCAGGAGUAUGAGGAGUCCGGAGCAAGCAUUCUGCACCGCAAAACCCUCUGA